AUGAAUCCCGACAACAAAAGCCCUGUUUCCGGCGACCAUAUGUCGAAGAAAGCAGCUUCCGCCGGCCCGAUCAAACCUACUGUUGAAUCUGGUGUCUCUUCAGCCAACUCUGUCUCUGUCUCUCCUGUUACCGAGAAACGAAACGGCAAGUCCGUUGUGUGUUCCGAUGUGCCGAUCAAAGGUAGGAGUGGAACCGGUGUCCCCUCCGCAAAAACUUCUCAACUGGUGUUCUUUAGAGAUGUCAAGUUCGGUCCACAGGAAACCCAGCUAAGGUUUCGAUUGAUUCAUUUUUGGGAAGCGCGUAACGUCCUCACGAAGAACCUUAUUUGUCUUGAAAUGCUUAUGAUUGAUGAGCAGGUAUAUUCAGCUAUCUUCAGAAACCCUUUUUGUGUACUUACCCAUAUCGUUUCAUUUUUAGCUUCAGAAAGCUCUAUCGUUAAGCCAAUACAGGUUAAAGAGAGCGCAAACAGCAGAAGUUCCAGGAAAGUUUCUAGAGUCAUAGAUACUACUGUUAUCCCCGAAGUGACCUGUCAGACUGAAGAUGACGUUGAAAAGGGGGUUGUCUCUCAUGGGGAAAACCAAACUGUUGACAAUAUUAUCAACAAGAAGUUUGUUGCAGCUAACCCCGUAAAAGACAGUCUGCAUAGCAAGAGGCUAUCCGUACAAAGGAAAUCUAUCAGGUUUGCUGUUCAAGAAACUCAACAAACGGAAACUAAAGUAACUAAAGAAAUAGCAAGGCUCUCUUUGAGAAGACGGUCUGCUCGGUUAAGGCCCGAAGAAGCUGAACCAUGUAAAAGCUUUCAUGAGAGAGGCGAAGUCAGGGAGACGACCAAGAGGAGAAGCUUAGUAAGCGAAGGAUCAAGAUCUGAAGCUUUAGAACCAUCUGAAAGCGGACAUGACACAUCUAAUACAAACGGGAAACACAGAGUGUCGACUAGAAUGCGAUCAACAAAGGGUAAAUGUCAGACAGCUUCAGACACCAAUGGAGCCAAUAAAGAUAUAGUGACAGAGUGUGAUCUGUUACCAUCAACGGUGUCUCAGGGGGACCAUGAAAGAGAAUCAAAGAACAAGCCAAGAACAUCUGUGGGAAGAAGACCAUCGAGACAUGCAGCAGAGAAAGUUCAAUCAUACAGAGAAGUCUCACUUAAUGUGAAGAUGCGGCGAAACUUCUGAAUCUCCAGCAUUCUCUUGGUCUCUAUGUUCUUAAUAUGCAAAGUUGUUGUUAAGAAGCUUACUUCAUAGUGCGUUUUUAUAAAUUUUUAGAUUCUUUGAUAAUUUGUUUCUCAUGUUUUUUUUUCCGACAGAUUGUGCGUACCAAGUACUUUGAAAUGCCAACAUUGACCGUCUCCGAGGCAGUGGAGCAGCUGGAGUUAGUAGCUCACGAUUUCUACGGCUUCCAGAAUGAAGAAACCGGUGAGAUAAACAUAGUACAAGAGAAGAGAAAGAGGGUACGGUCUGAUAAUCCCUAAGAAAGAUGGUAAGGCUGAGAAAGUUGAGCCGCUUCCAACAGAUUAAUUGAAUGAACACUCUUUUGCUGAGUAGAGUUGUGGAUUCUCGAGAGAAAACAGUGAAAGAAAUUGAUUUCUUUCACUGUUACGGUUCAGGAAAUAGGUGUACAUAAUAAUAAAAGGCUUAAAAAAUCUUUUUCUUUUUUAAGAUGAUUAUGUUUUGAGGUAGAAAGAAAAUUGAAACUGAA